GCUCUCCCUUUACCAAGACCUUGCUUGCCACUGUGGUUCAGCUGGAAGAUUCUGUGCUCAGAUGCCACACCCCCACGUGUGUGCAUUGAGCAGGGACAGUCUGUGGCAGAAGGGUGCUGGGAUGUUUGGGAACACCAGCGAGGGGAAUUGGGGCCCAGGUAAGCAGCUGGGUUUGCUGGCAAGCUGGGAGGUGGGACACAGCAGGGGCGGGGGAAAAGGGCUGUGCCCCCAAGGUAUGUCUCUGCACUAUAAAAAUUACUGCAGCUGGAUCCAGAGUCAGGGGGGAAAAGCAGCUUCCACCUCUGCUACUGACUCCAACAGCCUUGUCCAGGCAGGAGGACCCUGAGCAAAGGCAGGACCUGAGGAUGAGUGUCCAGGCACUGACAAUCCCCACGCUCCUCCUGGUGCUGUUCUGCUCAGCCCCAGCACCGUCUGGGGCACUGGGGAGCCAGGCUGGCAACCUGGGGAGGCAGGCAGGGGCUGGGGGCCCUGAAAAAGCCCCUUGGCCACCUGGAGAUGGAGGGGACAAGCUGCCUGGGCAGGGCUCAGAGAGGAGCCACCCUCUGGCCGACGCAUGGAAAGCGCUGAGGGAGGCACAGCCCGGCUCGGGCUCCCCCAGCAAGGCCGCGGCCAGAGCGCUCCCGGGCAGCGGGGAGCAGCUUCCCCCCGGCAGGCCCUGGAGGCUGCCAGCGCUGCCCUCCCGCAGCAGGACUGCCAGGCGGAGCCACCACCUGAAGGACUACGGGCGCUUCAACAGUGACACGCACUCCUGCCACAGCAUCCAGUCCCGGCCCUGCCAGAAGCCCUCUGACUGCAGUGGCUGCCUGGGGCUCUAUACCUGCAAGCUGCCUGCUGCCACCUGCAACCUGAAAUCUGUCUCCAGGCAGAGAGGUGGCUUCCUCCAGAGCAUACAGAGACCUUAGAUGGAGAGUCAAGCUCAUCUUGGAACAGCACAGCUCAAACUAAAGCUGAAGAGAUUGCCCUGCAGAUGGAGAUCAACACUUCCUGUCCAAGUUUCAUUUUAAAUCCUUAAUGAUGCAGUUGUAAAUGUUUCUUUCAUUGUACUUCUCAUGCUGCUGCUUUUUAAUUCCCCCUUUGGAUUUUGUACACUAUGUAGGCUUGAUUCCCAUUUUCCUGAGAGUGGCCAAUAAAUGCACUGAGUGGUCAUGGAGCCCUGCGCUGGCAGAGCCCCCUUGGAGCUCCCCAAUGAGGCAAACAGGGCUAUUUCACAACCCUUUUUAAUUUGAGCCUUUAGAGUAUUGUAGUAAAAGCUGCCAGUAUCUCAGCAUGCUCACUCACCAAUUCAAGCUGAGCUAAGCGUUGGGCAACCUGGGAUCCCUCCCCGCUCCUCACCACAGCUCCUGCCAAGGAAGGCCAAGUCCCACGCCACUGAAAACAUCACUCUUAAGGAGAGCAAUGUGGAGUCCCCAGGAGCAGGCUGGCAGUGUGGGACCAUGUAGGAGACUUGCUUCUGAAGGCUGGAGCCGAGCCACAGAUCAGCUUUCCUUAACAUCCCACAGAGCUUUGCAGGCAUCCUGGCCACCUUUACACUUGUGGGGGUAACCCCAGCUUUGCAAAGCUUCAUGAUGUCUACAUUAAAAGCUCCUUCUAAAACGAGAACCAAAGCACAGCAUUUGAUUCCCCUCAAGCCCCACUGCAGUUCCCUUCAUUGAGCCACCACCACCUCCUGUGACUCAAGUGGCACCAAUUUUGCUCAGCACACCCAAGGGGCAGCCCUCCUCCUCCUGGUCACCCCUGAGAGAGCCUGAGCCUGUGUGGGGGUGGGGAGUAAAUGCUGCUGGCUUCUCUGAGCCCCUCUAUUGUUAUUUUCUCUGUCCCUGCACAGCAGCUGGGGGGCACAGAGCUGCAGGUGGUGCCUGCCUUCCUCCUGCCUGCUGUGACCCCAUGGCUGUCCAGCAUUUACUGUGCUCACCACAGAACCACAGAGAGGUUCAGGUGGGAAAGGACCUAUGGAGGUCACCUGGGCCAUGCCCCGCUCGGGCAGGGCCACCCAGAGCCAUUUGCCCAACCUACCUGGUUGCAUGGAUGCAAGAGAUUCACUGAGCAGCACUGGGCCCACUGCUCUGCUCUGGUGUGGAAUGGAGGUGAACCCCACUGCUGGUCAGAAAGGUCCUCUCACCUAGCAAAGCCCACAGACCACAGGGAUCAUUUUCAAAGCCUCUGGGAGUCCUGUGCAGCCCAGCACAGCACAGCUGCAGCAAAGCCAUCCAUAUGCAGGUCUCACCCUGCAACCCCACAGCAGCUGGGAAAGAGACUGCCCUCCACAGAGCAGAUUCAGGGAUGCUCCAGGUGCUCUCACCUCACAAGCAGUGCAAGUGUCACAGCUUUCACACCAGCUGGAAAAACGUCCUCACCCUGCCUCAACCUCC